GCGUCUUGUCGAGAAUGCCCAGCCCCCAGGGUGGGGCGGGAGGCGAUCAACGAAGUGCUCUGCGUGCUCUGAUGCCCCGACGUGCGGUGGCCGUAUUCGGCCCAGCGCGCUACCCCGCCCGGAGGGAACAGUUCGGACCCAGACCCCGGGUCGGCCCCUCGCAACGCGCGGGUAGAUGCCGGCGUGGCGGCGGACUCUGAGGUCGGAGUCGCCUGCGCUCCGUGUUUCUGGAUCCUCGCACGGUGUCUCCCAGUGGCGCACGCCGCGUGCGUGGCCUCGGCCGCCGUGACAGUGGCCGGUUGGCUGUCACGGCGGCCCUCAGUUGGCCCUUUACUGCUUUAUAGCGUGCAAACCUUGCCGCGCAGGGGCCAAGGGACAAGUUGGAGCUGUUGAUCUGUUGCGCAAUUGUUAUUUUCCCCAGGGCGGCUUUGUCUUGGAUCUAGCCUUUCAGAAUUGCAAUUCCAAAAUGUGUAAAGCAGGAUAUUCUGUUCUGUGCUGUCAAGGGACAUGGAUUUAAUUGACAUACUUUGGAGGCAGGAUAUAGAUCUUGGGGUAAGUCGAGAAGUAUUUGACUUCAGUCAACGACGGAAAGAGCAUGAGCUGGAAAAACAGAAAAAACUUGAAAAGGAAAGACAAGAGCAACUCCAAAAGGAGCAAGAGAAAGCCUUUUUCGCUCAGUUACAACUAGAUGAAGAGACAGGUGAAUUCCUCCCAGUUCAGCCAGCCCAACACAUCCCAUCAGAAACCAGUGGAUCUACCAACUACUCCCAGGUAGCCCACAUUCCCAAACCAGAUGCUCUGUACUUCGAUAACUGCAUGCAGCUUUUGGCAGAGACAUUCCCAUUUGUAGAUGACAAUGAGGUUUCUUCGGCUACGUUUCAAUCACUUGUUCCUGAUAUUCCUAGCCACAUCCAGAGCCCCGUCUUCACUGCUCCUAAUCAGGCUGAGUCACCUGAAACUCUUGUCCUUCAGUUAGCCACUACUGAUUUAGACGCUAUGCAGCGAGAUUUUGAGCAAGUUUGGGAGGAGCUAUUAUCCAUUCCAGAACUACAGUGUCUUAAUAUUCAAAAUGACAACCUGGCUGAGACUAGCACAGUUCCAAGUCCAGAAACCAAACUGACAGAAAUGGACAGUUACUUCUAUUCAUCAAUCCCCUCACUGGAAAAAGAAGUAGGUAACUGUAGUCCACAUUUUCUCAACGCUUUUGAGGAGUCUUUCAGCAGCAUCCUCUCCACAGAAGACUCCAGCCAGUUGACAGUGAACUCAUUAAAUUCAGAUGCCACAGUAAACACAGAUUUUGGUGAUGAAUUUUAUCUUGCUUUUGUAGCAGAGCCCAGUACCAGCAACACCAUGUCCUCCUCUGAUUUUAGCCAGUCACUCUCUGAACUUCUAAACGGGCCCAUUGAUAUCUCUGAUCUAUCACUUUGUAAAGCCUUCAACCAAAACCACCCUGAAAGCACAACAGCAGAAUUCAAUGAUUCUGACUCUGGUGUUUCACUGAAUCCAAGUCCCAGCAUGGCUUCACCAGAACACUCAGUGGAAUCCUCCAUCUAUGGAGACACACUGCUUGGCUUCAGUGAUUCUGAAAUGGAAGAGAUAGAUAGUGCCCCUGGAAGUGUCAAACAGAAUGGUUCUAAAACAAAGCCAGUACGGCCUUCUGGGGAUACAGUCCAACCCCUGUCACCCUCUCAGGGGAACAGUGCUGCAGUGCGUGAUGCCCUGUGUGAAAACACACCAAAGAAAGAAGUGCCUGUUAGUCCUGGUCACCGAAAAACCCCAUUCACAAAAGACAAACAUCCAAGCCGUUUGGAGGCUCAUCUCACAAGAGAUGAGUUAAGGGCAAAAGCUCUCCAUAUCCCAUUCCCUGUAGAAAAAAUCAUUAACCUCCCAGUUGAUGACUUCAAUGAAAUGAUGUCCAAGGAGCAAUUCAAUGAGGCUCAACUUGCAUUAAUUCGAGAUAUACGUAGGAGGGGUAAGAAUAAAGUGGCUGCUCAGAACUGCAGAAAAAGAAAACUGGAAAAUAUUGUGGAACUGGAGCAAGACUUAGAUCAUUUAAAAGAUGAAAAAGAAAAAUUGCUCAAAGAAAAAGGAGAAAAUGACAAAAGCCUUCAUCUAUUGAAAAAACAACUCAGCACCUUGUAUCUUGAAGUCUUCAGCAUGCUACGUGAUGAAAAUGGGAAGCCUUACUCUCCAAGUGAAUACUCCCUGCAGCAAACGAGAGAUGGCAAUGUAUUCCUUGUUCCCAAAAGUAAGAAGCCAGAUGUUAAGAAAAACUAGAUUUCGGAAGAUCUGACAUUUUCUGAGCUAGCGGGUUUGUGUUUUUUUUUUUUUUUUUUUUACUGUUAUACUAAAAGCUCCUGAUGUGAAAUGCUGAAAUAUACUUCAAGUAAUUCUAUGCAAAAUUAUAGUCAAAUCUAGUGUAGAAGAUACAAAAUUUUAAAAAGCAUUACAGUAAGUUAUCAGUAUGCUCAAUCAGUUUCACUGCAAACUUAAUUUCUUAGAACACCAUUUGGGCUAGUUUCUGUAUACGUGUAAAUACUACAAAAACUUCUUAUUUAUACUGUUCUUAUCUCAUUUGUUACGUUUAUAGAUUUAUAUGACAUCUGGCUAAAAGCAAACUGUUGCGAAACUAACCACUAUAUACUUUUUUAAAAAUAAAAACCAUAUGAACAAAACAUUUUUUUAUAUUCAAUUGUUUAGCUCUGGCAAAAAAACCCCCCAAUUUAGUUGAAAAGCUGGUACUAAUAAAGGACUAUUAUGACUUAA